AUGCCCGUGACCGAACUCGCCCUCCUCCGCGUUAAAUCGCAAGACUCAUCUUCCGCCAAGACUACUGCCUUAGAAGCCCAGAAGGCACUGACAGAAUAUUCGGGCUAUCAGGUCACAUAUCUCCGCCAGAUCGAAGACUCAGAAUCAUUUUAUUUGCUGGGUGGGUGGGAAUCUAUCGAGAAACAUAUGGCCGGAGGCCAGUGGACUUCAUCCGAAGCCAACCAAAACCUACACGCGAAAUUGAAGGAUAGUCUCGAUGUUAGCUGGAUGUUUCACUUGGACCUUGAUCCAUCUACAUCCAAAAUCCCACUGGAAGCACCUGUUAUCGCUAUAACCCGCUGCUUCGUCGAGUCAAGCAAGAAAGAUGAAUUCGACGCUGUUUUCAAGGUUGGCGUGGCUGAUUUGAAUGCCGCCACGGCACCAUUCAUUUCCUGUGGUGCGUGGCGCGUCGACAAAGAAGGCGAAGAUGAGGAAUUUGUUCUUUUCAGCGGGUGGAAUCAAGUCCAGGAUCAUUUUGAUUUCGCGGGGUCUGAGGUUUCGAAGGAGUUUAGGAAGAUUCAGGCGCUGAUGAAAGGUGCGGAUGUUAAGCAUGUCCGUAUUGAGAAGUGGGAGUAA